UGUUAGAGCUGCAGUGGAUCUGCUCACUUCCUCACUGAGCAGCACUUACAGUUACAGAUUUCGGGUGCAGGACAGAGCCGAGUGAGGAGCGUUGAUGCUGAUGAUGAAGCCCAGAAUAAGUGCUGCCUGCACACCAGCGCCGUGCUGAACACACACACACCCUUGAGCUACAGACGAGCAGGAUGAAAUGAGAGAAACACUGGACGAGAGGAGUCUCGGCAUGGCGGGACUGCAGCUGGUGACCCCCGCCUCCUCUCCCAUGGGGCCGUUCUUCGGCCUGCCGUGGCAACAGGAAGCGAUCCACGACAACAUCUACACACCGAGGAAAUAUCAGGUUGAACUUCUUGAAGCAGCUCUUGAACACAACACUAUAGUCUGCUUGAACACAGGCUCAGGGAAGACCUUCAUCGCAGUGCUGCUCAUAAAAGAGCUCUCGCACCAGAUCCGCCAGGACGCGGGCAAGAGGACCGUGUUCCUCGCCAACACAGCAGCGACGGUGGUCCAGCAAGCUUCCACCGUCCGGACGCACUCGGAUCUCCGGGUGGGGGAGUACACGGAGGGUUCGGAGUCAUGGCCCGAGGAAACGUGGAGCCGAGAGUUACAGGGAAAUCAGGUCCUGGUGAUGACGUGCCACGCCUUUCUGCGCGUGCUGCGGAUGGGAGCGUUGCCGCUGUCGCAGAUCAACCUGGUCGUUUUCGACGAGUGUCACCUGGCCAUCACGGACCAUCCCUACCGGGACAUAAUGAGGAAAUGCGAGGACGCCCCGAGCUGCCCCCGUAUCCUGGGUCUGACGGCUUCCAUCCUGAACGGUAAAUGUGACCCGUCGGACCUGGAGGAGAAGAUCCAGAACCUGGAGAAGAUCCUGAGGAGCAGUGCUGAAACCGCCACUGACCUGGUCGUGCUGGACAGGUACGCGACUCAGCCUCGUGAGGUGGUGCUGGACUGUGGUCUUUUCCAGGAUGCCAGCCGGUUGUCGGAGAGGCUCCUGAAAGAGCUGGACGAGGCUCUUCAUUUUCUCAACGACUGCAACGUGUCGGCACUUCGGGAAGACCGGGACCCCACUUACGUCUCCAAACAGGUCCUGAGCGACUGCAGGGCGGUCCUGACCGUGCUGGGACCCUGGUGCGCGGACAAGGCCGCCGGCAUCAUGGUGCGCGAGCUGCAGAAGUACAUCAAGCACGAGCAGGCCGAGCUGAACCGCAAGUUCCUGCUGUUCGCCGACACCAUCCUGAGGAAGCUGCACGCCCUGUGCGAGGAGCACUUCUCGCCGGCCUCGCUCGACCUCAAGUUCGUCACCCCCAAAGUCAUCAAGCUGCUGGAGAUCCUGCACCAGUACAAGCCCUUCGAGAGGCAGCAGUUCGAGAGCGUGGAGUGGUACAACAACCGCAACCAGGACAACUACGUCUCGUGGAGCGACUCCGAGGACGACGACGAGGACGAAGACGUGGAGGUGAAGGAGAAGGCCGAGGCUAACUUCCCCUCGCCCUUCACCAACAUCCUGUGUGGGAUCAUCUUCGUGGAGAGGCGAUACACCGCCGUCGUCCUCAACCGGCUGAUUAAGGAAGCGGGGAAGCAGGAUCCGGAACUGGCUUACAUCAGCAGCAACUUCAUCACCGGGCACAGCAUCGGCAAAAACCAGCCGCGGAACAAGCAGAUGGAGGUGGAGUUCAGAAAACAGGAGGAAGUGUUGAGGAAGUUCCGGGCGCAUGAAACCAACCUGCUCAUCGCCACCAGCAUCGUGGAGGAAGGCGUGGAUAUCCCAAAGUGCAACCUGGUGGUCCGGUUCGACCUGCCCACCGAGUAUCGCUCCUACGUGCAGUCCAAGGGCCGGGCGCGCGCCCCCGUAUCCAAUUACGUCAUGCUGGCCGACGGCGGGUGCACGAAAACGUUCGAGGAGGACCUGAAGACCUACAAGGCCAUCGAAAAGAUCCUCAGGAACAAGUGUUCCAAGUCAGCCGAGUGCGGCGAAUAUGAGGCGGAGUCCAUACUGGACGAUGACGACGUCCUCCCGCCGUACUCGCUCCGAGCCGAUGACGGAGGCCCCCGAGUCACCAUCAACACCGCGAUCGGUCACAUUAACAGGUAUUGCGCGAGGCUUCCCAGCGACCCCUUCACCCACCUGGCACCCAAGUGUAAAACAGCAGAGGUGAAAAAAGGAGUGUACCAGUCCACGCUCUUCCUGCCCAUCAACUCUCCCCUCAGAGUGCCGAUCGCUGGCCCGCCGAUGCCCUGUGCCAGGCUCGCCGAGAAAGCCGUCGCCCUGCUCUGCUGCGAGAAACUUCACAAAAUCGGCGAGCUGGACGAUCAUUUAAUGCCGGUCGGAAAGGAGACGGUGAAGUACGAGGAGGAGCUGGACCUGCACGACGAGGAGGAGACGAGUGUUCCGGGAAGGCCGGGCUCCACUAAGAGGAGACAGUGCUACCCCAAAGCUAUCCCCGAGUGCCUGCGAGGCAGCUACCCGGUACCCGAGCAGUCCUACUACCUGUACGUGAUCGGGAUGGUCCUGACAACACCACUACCUGAUGAGCUUAACUUUCGGCGGAGGAAGCUUUACCCCCCAGAGGACACCACCAGAUGCUUCGGCAUCCUCACCGCUAAACCCAUACCUCGAAUCCCCCAUUUCCCAGUGUACACUCGCUCCGGUGAGGUGACCAUCUCCAUCGAACUGCUGAAGUCGGGCUUCACUCUGAGCUCGGCCCAGCUGGAGCUCAUCACCCGUCUGCACCAGUACAUCUUCUCCCACAUCCUGCGUCUGGAAAAACCCGCGCUGGAGUUCAGGCCCACCGAGGCCGACUCGGCCUACUGCGUUCUACCUCUCAACGUGGUUGGCGAUUCCACGACUCUGGACAUGGACUUCAGGUUUAUGGAGGAUAUUGAGAAAUCCGAAGCACGCACUGGCAUUCCGAGCACACAGUACACCAAGCAGAACCUGUUCACUUUCAAACUGGAGGACUACCAAGAUGCUGUCAUCAUUCCACGGUAUCGAAAUUUCGACCAGCCGCACCGCUUUUACGUAGCCGACGUGUACACAGACCUCACACCUCUGAGUAAAUUCCCCUCGCCGGAGUACGAGACGUUCGCCGAGUACUACAAAACCAAGUACAACCUGGACCUGUCCAACGUCAACCAGCCCCUCCUCGAUGUGGACCACACGUCCUCCAGACUAAACCUGUUAACUCCUCGACACCUGAAUCAGAAGGGUAAAGCUCUGCCCCUCAGCAGCGCCGAGAAGAGGAAAGCCAAGUGGGAGAGUCUACAAAACAAGCAGAUUUUAGUUCCCGAACUGUGUGCCAUCCACCCCAUUCCUGCCUCGCUGUGGAGAAAAGCCGUGUGCCUUCCCAGCAUCCUCUACAGGCUGCACUGCCUCCUGACCGCUGAGGAACUGCGGGCUCAGACGGCCAUCGACGCCGGGGUGGGGGCGCAGAGCCUGCCGCCUGACUUCAGGUAUCCCAAUUUGGACUUCGGCUGGAAGAAAUCCAUCGACAGCAAGUCGUUCAUUUCCGGUUCCAGCACGGGCGCCGAGAACGAGGAAGACGACGGCGACGGCGACUCGGACGAUCACUGUGAGCGUGGCUCGAGCUUAGCAGCCCCCGAUUACACUGCCCAGGAGGACCCCAGCUCUGGCUCCUCUGAACCCCUAGAGGGCGCCGUGUCUAAAACGAGCAGCGACCCGCCAGACAUAAUAAACAGCGAGAGCGUUCGCGAGCACCCCGCCGACCUCAGUGACUGCCAGCCAGAGAGCGACGCCUCAGCACAAACCACUACCUCAGUCCCGAGCGGCGAGCCCGCGGCCGGCCAUGAAUGUAACUCGGACGGGAAAGUCGGAAUCCACGACACACCUACCUCAGAACCGACCGGCACAGAAGCACCGUCGGCUGCGUCGGCCGUAGCCGUUAGCGGGGACUGCGUGAAAGCGCUGGGGCCCAACCCGGGUCUCAUCCUGCAGGCCCUCACCCUCUCCAACGCCAGCGAUGGGUUUAACCUGGAGCGACUGGAGAUGCUGGGCGACUCGUUCCUCAAACACGCCAUCACCACCUACCUGUUCUGCACCUACCCCGACGCCCACGAGGGACGCCUGUCCUACAUGAGGAGCAAGAAGGUCAGUAACUGUAACCUGUAUCGUCUGGGGAAGAAGAAAGGUCUGCCCAGCAGGAUGGUGGUGUCCAUCUUCGAUCCCCCGGUGAACUGGCUGCCCCCGGGCUACGUGGUGAACCAGGACAAGAGCGCCACCGACAAGUGGGACUCGGAUGAGGGAAAAGAAGACCUGGCGAACGGAAAAGCCGCCAAGCACGUCUUGGACGACGACAACGACGAUGACGACGUGGAGGACGUGGAGGACGAGGACCUCAUGUGGAAGGAGCCCAAGGACGAGAUCAACGCGGAGGACGACCUGGAGUACUACCCCGAGCACAUCAACUUCAUCGACACCAUGCUGAUUGGCUCGGGCGCUUUCGGGAAGAAGUUCCCGCUCGACGUGUUCCCCUCCCCCGAGCCCAGCUGCGACUGGAAGGCGCCCAAGAAGCCGGCGUUCCCGGCGGACGGCGGCCACGACCAGUUCGACUACAGCUCGUGGGACGCCAUGUGCUACCUGGACCCGAGCAAGGCGGCGGAGGAGGACGAGUUCGUGGUGGGGUUCUGGAACCCGGCCGAGGAGAGCUGCGGCGCGCAGACGGCCAAGCAGUGCAUCUCGUACGACCUGCACACGGAGCAGUGCAUCGCCGACAAGAGCAUCGCCGACUGCGUGGAGGCCCUGCUGGGCUGCUACCUCACCAGCUGCGGGGAGCGGGCCGCCCAGAUGUUCCUGUGCUCGCUCGGCCUCAAGGUGCUGCCGGUCAACAGGAGGAGCGGGAAAAAGAGGGGCGGCGACGGCGAGGACGACUACGGCUGGCUGCAGAUCCCGGCGCGCUGCAUGUUCGAGCAUCCCGACGCCCAGCGCACCCUCGACCACCUGAUCUCGGGGUUCGAGAACUUCGAGAGGAAGAUUAACUACACGUUUAAAAACAAGGCGUACCUCCUGCAGGCCUUCACGCACGCCUCCUACCAUUACAACACCAUCACAGAUUGCUACCAGCGGCUGGAGUUCCUGGGCGACGCCAUUCUAGACUACCUCAUAACCAAGCACCUUUACGAAGACCCGCGCCAGCACUCGCCCGGCGUCCUGACCGACCUGCGCUCGGCGCUCGUCAACAACACCAUCUUCGCCUCCCUCGCCGUCAAGUACGACUACCACAAGUACUUCAAAGCCGUCUCGCCCGAGCUCUUCCACGUCAUCGACGACUUCGUGCAGUUCCAGAUGGAGAAGAACGAAAUGCAGGGCAUGGACUCUGAGCUGCGGCGCUCGGAGGAAGACGAGGAGAAAGAGGAGGAUAUUGAGGUCCCCAAAGCCAUGGGGGACAUCUUCGAGUCGCUAGCCGGGGCAAUUUACAUGGAUAGCGAGAUGUCGCUGGAGACCGUUUGGCGAGUGUAUUAUCCAAUGAUGAGGCCGCUGAUAGAGAAAUUUUCCGCCAACGUCCCUCGGUCGCCUGUGCGAGAGCUGCUGGAGAUGGAACCGGAGACGGCAAAGUUCAGUCCUGCUGAGAGAACGUACGACGGGAAGGUUCGAGUGACGGUGGAGGUGGUCGGAAAAGGAAAGUUCAAGGGCGUGGGGCGGAGCUAUCGUAUCGCCAAAUCGGCGGCGGCACGACGCGCCCUGCGCAGCCUCAAAGCCAAUCAACCUCAGGUCCAGAACAGCUGAGCUCUACACACACACACACACUCGGCACGACACGGCGCUCUGCACCUGGAUACCACACACACACUGAAGCCUCCUGGUGGGCGUCGUCUCGCCGUUCUGUGAUCCGCCCUCGACACUUCGCAGAAACUUCGGACUGAACAAACGAUCUUUUUUUUUUUUUUUCUUCUUCUGCGCGACACAAUCUUCAGCUUCGGUUUCCUGCGCCGCGUCCCGUCGCAACACCGCUUCCUUCAUGAACUGCGAGCGCCGGCGGUCGGGCGUCGGCUUCUCUGUCUCCUCGAGCGUCUUCUGUGAUGUCCGUUCGCUUCGUCGGUGGUGUGUAAAGCAGCGUGCGCUCAAAAUCACGUCUAGAAUGUAAAUAGUUAUAAAAAAUAACGCCAACCGCGUGGCGGCCUGUUCCUCGGGCCUCGGACGCUUUCCGUAAACGCCCUCGCGCUUAUGCGGCGGCGCUAAACGAAGCGCGCGCUCUCUUACAGGAAUAGUUUGUCAAGAAAUGAAAUGUCAUUUAGCACCAAGGGUCACUGAUGCCAUUUACAUUAGCCAGCCGUGUCUGUGUGGAGACGCCCGACCGGACGAUAGCACUGCUGGGAUUCGAACCCUGAAGGGAGGGGGAAAUUAAAUGACCCAGGAGUUUGUACAGCAACCAAUUCGUAUAUUACAUCUGGGAAUUAGACAUGACUAAAUUUAGAGAGAAAAUAUAGCAGCAUGGUUAAAAAAAAAAAAAAAAAGUACCCAUCUGUGAGGCCAACCAUCCCAAAGAGAUGACAGCAUAGUGAUGUGACCAGCCUUCAAAAUGUGGAUUUAAAACAGAGGGGAUGCACCCUACGACGGGCGUGCGGACACCCCGAUUUAGUCAUAUCCAUCUACCCGACUCUACUGCUGAGACCUGUGCAGCACAGACCACUCCUUUUCACCUGCACCGGACGGGUUUGUUGUUCAUACGGAGACCCGUAUCGUGCACGGAGAGUCUCUACUAUCCCUCGUCUCUGUGCAGUAGCAUCAAUCAGCCACCAGAGGGCGUAACUGCAGCAAUUUUGAGGAACCCCUUCAGCCCUCCCCUUCACUCUCUUCCCUUGUGCUUUACUGCUGUGCCACCUGAGCGCCCCCUAGUGUCGAUCCUUGUUUAAAAUUCUUUCCUGUGCUUAGAUCUUGUGGAAUUUAGCGGUGAGCUUCCCCCCUCAGU